AUGGUGCCCAUGUCGGAGGAAGAUCUGGAGUGGUUCAAGUCCACUUUUCGCCCCAUCCCCAAGCCGGAACUCCCCGACGAUAGCGUCGACUAUUCUCUCUACUAUAUCCCUACCAGCCCCGCCCCCGCUAUCGUCGAUGAAGUCGCAGAAACGCGGGCGCGACUGGUGGAGGUUCAACGCACGUCUGCAGAACUGGUGAAGGAUCUGCUGAAGGAUCAUAUCUGGCAGCGGGAAAGCUUCCGACUGGAAAUUACAAAAGAUGACGGAGUCACCUCGUUGCAUGGGCGCACCAACUUCGGAGAUUCGAUCGAGGAUGAAUGGGUGAUCGUGUACUUGUUGCGCGAGUUGACCAAGAAGCACAAUAAUGUCUGGGCUAAAGCGGUAGAUGGAGACGGUCAAUUCCUGCUCGUGGAGGCUGCCGCCACAUUGCCAGCUUGGUUGGAACCUGAGGUAGCAGACAACAGAGUGUGGAUCAAUCAAGGCCAACUGGUCAUCAUUAAGCCGAAAGCGGAUAAAAAGGACCGAGUGACGGAGAAAAUAUCACUAUCGGAUGCAAAGAAGAUCAUCUCGGAGGAGCCAGAACGCCUUAUGCGUUCCACCAUUAUCCAGGAGGAGGCAUUCUAUCGCUUGCGCAAUUAUCCGAAUCAGAUCAACGAGAAUCUUCACUCCGCACUCGUGAUUAUCCCGCGCAAAGUCGCUUUUCUGCUCCAUCAGAAGCCAGCAUACAUCUCCGCCGCUGUCGAAGCCUUUUACCUACGAGACCCCAUCGCGCUACGGCCGCUUCGAACGAAGGACUCCAACAGCUUCAUCUUCAAGCCUGAGGAUUUUGUCACCGCGAGCGUCCGCUUCACUCGGGUCGGAUACGCACAGCUCAAGAGUCAAGAUUUCCCGGUCCCGAAGUCGUGGAACGAUAAUUUACCUUCCACUGACAACCAGAAAGUAUAUGAUCGGGCGGAGAUAGGAAUGAAGCUGGCUUGCGGAUUUGAGAUGCUUCUCACGGAUCCUCAGAAUCAAGACAAGGCGGCUGUUAGAGAAAUGAAUCUCAUUCUCGAAGAUCUGGACACUGGCGAUGAACAACUUCCUACAGAUAAGGAAAUGGAGACUUGGGAUAGGAGGGAGGACGACGAGAAGUGGUUGGACAUAAGCUUCGAGGACUUGGAUCGGGAGCUCAAGGGGAAAGGAAAGGGCAAAGAUGGUGAACCCCUCGCCGAAGGGACCUUUGGGGAUGCGAACGCCCAAGAGAAUCUGCAGCGUAUCGUGGCUCAAUUCGAGAAGUUCUUGAACGAUGAUUCGGCCGGCUUUGAAGGAGCGGAAUUCAUUGACGACUAUGAUUCCGACACUGACGACGAGGAGGAGAUGAGCAGCGAUGGUGAGGAUAAAGAUGCUUCUUUCGAUGAGGAGGAAUUUUCCAGGAUGAUGAAGGAGAUGAUGGGGAUGCCUUCAAAGGCCGGUCUUCAGGGAUCGUCUCGGCCUUCAGCGUCGCGUAGUCGAGUGGAAGAGCUGGACAGCGAAUCCGAGGAUGACACGGAGCAGAUCAAGGAGCUGUCGAAGCAAAUGGAGGCAGAGCUGAGAGGCACAGGAGUUCUCGACCUCAAUCGCAAGGCCAAGGCAUUGGGUGACAAGCAGGCUUUAGCCGACGGAAAGUCGGGUGAAGGGGAGGACGGAGAUAUGCCUGAGCUCGAAGAGGAAGACAUCGACAUCAACUUCGCGAAGAAUCUCCUCGAAAGUCUUCAGGGACAGGCUGGUACCGCAGGUCCAGCCGGAAACAUGCUUUCAAUGAUGAACUUGGCCAUGCCCAAGGACGAUCGCCACCGAUGA